ACCGUGGUGAUGAUCAGACGCACCAAUUUAAAGAGCUGCGUUCCCGUCCUCAGCCCGUCAGACUUGUCGCAGUUACUUUCGGUUUGCGUGAGCACUGUCCUGUGCUGUCUUGGAGAACAGGGGGAAAAAAGGCAAUAAAAGUAAGAGAGAAGUCAGUGGGUUGUAAUUACAUUCCCUAAUCAGCAGAAUUGACAGCAGGUGUGAAUUCAUGUCUGUAUUUUCCCCGCAGAUAUACUGCCCAGUGUUUGUACCCAGCCGAGAUAUGACUGAGGUGAUGAUCAACAGCACCCCAAUGGAGGACAUGAGGCUCAGCCCCAGCAAGGACAGACUCUCCUUUCAGAUAUUCCCCGACCCCUCAGACUUUGACCGUUGCUGUAAACUCAAAGAUCGUCUGCCAUCCAUCGUGGUUGAGCCAACGGAGGGAGAAGUCGAGAGCGGGGAGCUUCGCUGGCCCCCAGAGGAGUUUCUGGUUAGUGAGGAGGAGGAGGAGGAGGAAGAAGAGGAAGAGGAGCAGAAUAAUGGAAGUAUCCCGAACGGACAGCCAACAGAGAAUUCUCAGCACUAGAGGCUGUGUUACAGCACCCAUACUCUCUCCUUUCUUUCUGACGGACUCUCCCUUUCCUGCACUGGUUCCACAGCACCUCAGCACUCAAACAGGCUCGACUGGCAGAUGCACAUUCAGUGUCUCGUGAUGCCCUUGACACCAAAGCAUCACUCCACAAAAAAAAGCAAUACACACAGGCGUCACACUUUUCUCACACGAUAAUUUUUCCUCCUGGACUGCAAACCCACCAAAACCGAAAAGAACGGACAUGCACACCUCUAACCUACACCUGCUUUCUACCAUGCCUACCAACGUGUGCGUCUCAGCCCAGAACGGAUGUCCUGUUGGACAGUGGCAGCUCAGUGCUCCAUGGACAGCUCUUACACUGCGGGGGGCUAGAACUGCUCUGUACUUUACUCCAAAAUGGCUGGCGUCAUGACCCCAGAGACUUUAUACACUCAUACAGAACUAUUGUGGUACCCGUGGGGAUUAUCGUCUACAGUACACUGUCCAUACCUGUGUUCAGUUCCUGGAUUGAUAUGUUAAUUAUUGUGAUUGCCACUGCUGUCUCUAGAUUUGUCUGUUUCUGAGAAGUGAAUGUUUUGUGAUUUGUCUGUUUAUUGAGAACUGGGUGUUUUUUGCGUAAAAUGUUAGUUUUUUGUUUGCCCCACAAAAAACUUCCACAAAAUUUGUUCAAAGAUAUAUAUAUAUUUGGUUUUUUUUUAAAUGGGUUUUUU